AUGGGUGCCAAACCCCCAAAACGCCCGCGCCGGAUUUUGAAGCCGCAUCACAGGCAGAAAAUCACCGAGAACACACACCCCACGCACAUAUCUCGUCGCGUCAAACUGGAGAAGGGACCGCAGUGGGGUCCCAAGGCCGCAGAGGAAGACACGUGGAUCGACAAUUACGCACGCUACCUGCAACGGAGCGAGAUAAGGCGCGCAAUGCUCUCUGCUCCGGAACGAGAGCUAGAGCCAGAGCAGGAACCAGCGCCAGAGCCAGAGCCGCAUUUCAUGGAUAUGAUUGAGCACGAAGGUUCCUGGCUCACAGUGUGUCUCGCGAAGGAACCUGAGACCCUUGAGGAUUCGCAGACGUCUUCGCCUGAUAUCUCAGGCCCGGUAUCUCAAGACACGCCGGUCUCGUUGCACGCUCGUGUACCCACACCACCCCCUGGACCCGUCGACGCUACAGUCCCGACUACGAAGCCCGCGUCUGACAACACUCCGAGGUUCUAUGCAAGGUGGCACAGUCUACAGGGUGAAGGAAGAAAUGGAUUUUACGGAUCCAUGUAG